AUGUCGAAUAUUUCGCAACUUACUCUGGGGUGGGGGAGGCCAUCGUCCACAUUCUCGUCAGCAGCUUCAGUCUCGUCGUCAUCCACAGAAGUCGGUGGAGUAGACGAAGUCUCCGAGGUGCUUAUCCAGAUUGAUGGCGUACAAGUCAUCAAAUGUGAACUCCCGAUCGCCCUUUUCGUAUGUGCCCCCGUAGAUGUAGAGAUUGUCGCCUUGGACUGCGAGCUGGGCAUUGAAUCUCAUAUGCGGAGGCUCCAUGGUGACGGGCUUCUCCUUGACCGGCGUCUCCUCCUCUUCCUCUUCCUUCUUGUCAAGCUCAAUCCCGUCAAUGUCUUCCAGGGACACACCCGUCUCGAGGGCAGCCAGCUGCCGGAGAAGCUCCUCCUCGUUGCCCUGCCGGUUACGGCGGCCUCCUCCACCGCGCUGCUCCUGAGCACCCUUCUUCGCCUGCUGGCGGGGCUUCCUCAGGUUCAGCGGCAUGAACCUGUUGCGCUCAACGUUCCACGCGAACAGCUGGUUGAAGAACUCGCUGUCCAUGCCCUCCUCGCUCUGCUCGACGUCGUGGACGCCGCCGAAGAGGAUCCCCCGGCCCUUGUGCCAGGUCAUGGUCGCGCCCGCGCGGGACGGCGUGGGCGUGUUGACCGGCUUCUUGCGCUUCUCCCACCUGACGGUCGGGAGCGCGUUCGGCCCGGCGUCGGUGGCCGGCAGGCCCAUGCGGAGGAAGAAGCAGUCGUCGUGAACCUUGGGCUUGAGGAUGUUCUUCUGCCCCUGGCUCUGGCCGCCCUUGCCGCCCUUUUGCUUGAUGUUCACGGUGGCCUUGACGCGCGAGUACCCUCCGUAGAGGACGGCUCCUUGCUCAUGGGGGAGCAGGGUGAAGGAGGACCUGGCAUCUGGUUUGAGUUGAGCGGGGGGCAAGACUGGGCUGAUCCAGACGAAGUUGAUCGUAUCGAAGAUCCAGAGAUCCGCCAGGUACUUGGUCUGGUUGGAAGUGUCCUGGAAGCCACCGAAGAGAAUGAUGUAGUGCUUCCAGUACGUCAUUCGGUGGCCACUCCUGGCGGGCGGGCUCUUGUCCUUGCCCUUGACCUCGAUCUUGGUCCACUCUCUGGUUGCGGGCUCCAAUCUCCAGAAGUCAGAGUAGUGGUGGAAGGUGCCCUGCUUGGGAGAGGAGAACUCGCCGCCGAAAAGAUAGACGUGAGGGGCAUUGGGCGAGGUGACGCAGCGCCACUCAUCACGGCUGAUGUUGUAGAUGAACAGGUCGUUGUAGAACUGGGCGAGCGAGCCGUUGAAGUACUCGCCGCCAAAGAGCAGCAGGUUGUUGGAGUCGUGGGGGGCUGCCAUCAGAGUAGAGGCGGCACGAGGCUUGGGCGGGGCAUCGCAGACAGUCUCGGUGAUCUUGAGGAACUGCUCCUGCUGGCGGGCGUAUUCCUCGAGGAUCUCGUCGAGGUCGACAUCCUCGGCGUCGCUGCCCUCGACCUUGGCGGCCUUGGUCUUGGCCUUCUUCUCGCCCUUGGAGGCCUGCUUGGCUGCCUUCUCAGCCUGUUGGUUUGGACGUGGGUGUUAGCUGGGAUGAAUCAGUGA